AUGAUACGCUCAGCAGCGCGGCUCUUCCAAGCCGACCUCAGCGUGGCACCACACUUACUCCGACCCAAAACUUUUGUGAAAAAAAUUGGCAAGAACAAUGAGAUCUACUACACCCUAGUGAAGAAGGGGCUUGCGCAUAACCUUGAUCCGGAAAAGGAGUAUAAAUUCUUUGAAAUGCCGAAUUUACUGCUGGAUCUCGAUGCAGAGGGCACACGGCACGUGCGGUCCGUUGAGGACACUGAUGAGAAGCUAAUGACGGCCAGAUGGGCAGAAGUGCCCAGACGAAGGGCAGUGCAGACUCGAUCAAGGGCGUUCGAAGAACAACUUUACGAAUCACGGGGGAAAGCACGCGAGAUCAUGUCACAGCCCACCAAUCUUUGGCGCAUUACUUCGCACGAUAUCGUCUCCGCUGCGCUUCAUGGAGGUCCUGGCCCCCAGAGGAAAUCGGCUCGGGAAUUAACACCGGCAGACGUGAUAUCUGGAUCAAGCAGCGCACCAACACCGUCCAGAAACUCGGGAAUCAUCGAAAAGCUCCUCCUGGAAAACGGCAUACCUCAGCACGCCGUCAACGAGGACCAGCUCCUCCUUCGCUGGAUGACCCUCCGCUACAACAGCCUCACCCAGUCAUCCCCAUAUCACAGACGAACAGCGCCCUCACCAGAACAACUCAAACGAGCUCUUCAAACCCAAACGACUAUUCUGGGCGCGCGUAGACUGGUCUUCCAGGCACUCUCGGCCGGCACCAGCAUAAACAGCUUCCAGAAUGAGACUAAGCCGGCAAUAAGUCUGCCUCACCAGAUACGCUCUACAUGCGCCUACAUCUUGAGUCAAGAUCCGCGCGAUCGAGAUUUGUAUCUCCAGGCGCUCACAUUCCUCGGAAACCUCUCUGAGCGACUUUCUUCCCUCGAUGCGCAGCUAGGGCCCAUCUUGUGCGGGCUGGCGUUGAAGCUUUCUGCAGAGAUUGGUUCCCUAGAAGCGUUACCAGUCUGGCUCUAUCGCAGCCACCACACCUGCAGCAACGGCAAGCUGCUCAUGAAAGAUGUAUUGUCAGCACUCACCUCUUUGCAGAGAACACUGAGGAGCAAACGCCCCGUGAACCUGCAGACCAUUGAGCAACGCCAGCUUCUGUUCCAAUUACUUACAGGCAUCGACGAAAAUGACACGAUGGCCAAAGACUCUUUCAGGACAUUUGGUACGACUUUCCUCGAGGGGGACAGCUCAAGCACGGCCAGGCGCGCAUACUCUGCCUACAUUGCACUGCUGGGACAGCUUGGCGCAGCACGAACACUGUGGCGGGAAUGGCGAGAGCUGCCCUCUUCUGUUUCAAGAGACGAGGCCGUCGUGCUCGGCUUUUGCAACGCCCUGAAACAGGCAGUCCGUGUCAUGCCCGGCUCUGAUGGCGAGUACACACCGGAUUCUAGCCUCGCUGCGUGCGCCGCGCUAGAUUAUCACGCCAUUGGGAUGCAGGAUACUGCUGCUUGGCGAGCACGCAUCUCCAGUAACAUGGCUGGGCAAGCAAAUGUCAAUGUUGCAGCGUGUCGGGCUAUUUUGGACCUGCCUCUCGCCGAUUGUAUCAAGGGAUUUGGAGCAUUGUAG